AUGACACGUUGCCUCUCAAGAUGGCGGAUAAUCUCCCUUCGGAGUUUGAUGUGAUCGUAAUAGGGACGGGUUUGCCUGAAUCCAUCAUUGCGGCUGCAUGUUCAAGGAGUGGCCAGAGGGUUCUGCAUGUUGAUUCAAGAAACUACUAUGGAGGAAACUGGGCCAGUUUUAGCUUUUCAGGACUGUUGUCCUGGCUAAAGGAAUAUCAGGAAAACAAUGACAUUGUGAUUGAUAGUUCACUGUGGCAAGAACAAAUCCUUGAAAAUGAAGAAGCCAUUGCUCUUAGCAGGAAGGACAAAACUAUUCAACACGUGGAAGUAUUUUGUUAUGCCAGUCAGGAUUUGCAUGAAUAUGUUGAAGAAGCUGGUGCACUGAAGAAAAAUCAUGCUUGUGUGACACCUGUGGACUCCUCAAAAGCUGCAGAUUUUGCCUGUCUGCCUACAGAAGAUGAGUCAUUAAGCACUGAGAGCUGUGAAGUGCCUGCAGAACAAACUCCAAGCAGUGAUCCAGAGAGUACCCUAGAAGUAAAUGAUGCUGAAGCGACAGGGGAGAAAGAAAACCAUAGUGAUGAUAAAACUUCAGAAGAAAAAACAAAUGAAAAUGUGCCUACAGCAGAGGACACUGCAGAGCAACCAAAGAAAAAUCAGAUUACUUACUCACAGAUUGUUAAAGAAGGCAGGAGAUUUAAUAUUGAUUUAGUGUCAAAGCUCCUGUAUUCUCGGGGAAUGCUGAUUGAUCUUCUAAUCAAAUCUAAUGUUAGUCGAUAUGCAGAGUUUAAAAAUAUCACCAGGAUUCUUGCUUUUCGAGAAGGAAGAGUGGAACAGGUCCCUUGUUCCAGAGCUGAUGUCUUUAAUAGCAAACAACUUACUAUGGUAGAAAAGCGAAUGCUAAUGAAAUUUCUUACCUUUUGUAUGGAAUAUGAGGAACAUCCUGAUGAAUAUAAAGCCUAUGAAGACAUUACAUUUUCUGAGUAUUUAAAAACUCAAAAAUUAACCCCAAACCUCCAAUAUUUUGUCCUGCAUUCAAUUGCAAUGACAUCAGAGACAACCAGCAGUACCAUUGAUGGUCUCAAAGCUACCAAAAACUUUCUUCACUGCCUUGGGCGAUAUGGCAACACUCCAUUUUUGUUUCCUUUAUAUGGCCAAGGAGAACUUCCUCAGUGUUUCUGCAGGAUGUGUGCUGUGUUUGGUGGAAUCUAUUGUCUUCGCCAUUCUGUACAGUGCCUUGUAGUGGACAAAGAAUCCAGAAAAUGUAAAGCAAUUAUAGAUCAGUUUGGUCAGAGAAUAAUCUCUAAGCAUUUUCUUGUGGAGGACAGUUACUUUUCUGAGAACACAUGCUCACGUGUGCAAUACAGGCAGAUCUCCAGGGCAGUUCUGAUUACAGACAGAUCUGUACUAAAAUCAGAUUCAGAUCAACAGCAAAGAACAAGUGCCUUUUACCUGUCAGCCAGUGUGCUGGGUUCUGAGGAGAUAGUGGUCACCUGAUAGCAUCUCUCCCC